CACACACACACACACACACACAACAGGCAUCAGUCAAAACCACUCGGGAGGCAUCAGUUACUAAUGAGGAAUGAAACAAAUGAAACGGAUCCCUGUCUGCCUCUCUGUGUAUGACCCACGGACCAGGAGGUGACACCAGAAGGUCCUGCCUACAAGUAACUACGCCCCAAUGCGAGACUCACAUCUGCACACUUUUUCUGGUUUCGGUUGAAAAAAUAAGGAAUUUAGAUAAGAAGCAUUGUGGUCGAUCCCAAACAGGGCAUUAAACCUCUCCUCAUCUUGAUCUGAAGAACCAUCUUACGAAACAUCAAACACUCUCCGGUUGUAUUUUCAAGUGGCGACUAUGUCAUCGCCUUCCAUCCCUCUUCCCCCGUUGCCCCCCAGCCCUCUGGCCAUGGAAUACUUAAACGACUUUGACCUGCUCAAGUUUGAAUCAAAAGCUGACUCCCCUCCCCCUCCUCAAACAUGCUCUUAUCCAAAAGAAGUCCAGCAGCAACAGGACCCCUCUUCAUCCCCCUAUGUGGUUCAAGCCCCUCUGGAUUCCAGCCUUAGCUCCAGCCCUUACACUUCUCUACCUCCUUCGCCAACCCUCAGCGAUGCUCAUCCGCUCCCAUCUGCCUCUUCUGCCUCCUCCUCUUCGAUAUCCAUCCCUCUCUCAAUCUCUGCCAGCUAUGUCUCAGGAUUUAGUUCGACCUCGCAAGGGAGUCUGGACUGCAGCCCUGCACCAGGUGUCCCAGGCCAAUGUCCAAACCCCACAUCUUUGGAAGAUUUGUUCUGGUUGGCAGCAAUCCAGCAGCAGUUUGGAGGGGAUCCUUCUCUAAUAGAGGCCUUAGGAGGAACACCAGAGAGAGUUGACAGAGACAGGGGGGUCGUUGGGGGAUUUCUGGGGUGUGAAGAUGCAGUGGAGGUGCUGCUGAACUCUGCUGCCGCGGCUGUGAGCUCACAGUUCCCAGUUCUCUCUCAAAGCUCUGGGAGCAGUAAUCUAGGAGACUCAAGCAGUGACAGUGGAGGUGAUGUAAAAGCCCCCGAGCUGUGUCACCGUCCUCUCCUCUUUGUUUCCUCCGGUCUUCCAUCGCUUCACAAUGGCAAUCCAACACAAGGCACGUACCAUCAGCCUUCAAGCCCAUCAUCCCGCCUUCAUCACCCACAGCAUCACCAUCAUCAUCACCAUCACCCCCAUCAUCUCAUUAACAGUCAUCAUGCUCACCAUCAUCAUCAGCUCCAAACUGGCCAGUCUGGGUUGGACGAUCGUUUUUCAGACGAGCAGCUCGUGAGCCUGUCCGUGCGCGAGCUGAACAGGCACCUGCGCGGCGUGAGCAAAGACGAGGUGGUGCGCCUGAAGCAAAAACGGCGCACCCUGAAGAACCGAGGGUACGCUCAGUCCUGCCGUUACAAGCGAUUGCAGCACCGGCAUGCACUCGAGUCUGAGAAACACAUCCUCACUCAGCAGCUGGAUCAGCUGCAGUGCGAGCUGUCUCGCGUGCUGAGAGAGCGCGACGCCUACAAGGCUCGUUACGAGAAGCUUGUUAACUCCAGCGAGGCCCCGCCCACUCAGACCAACAACCCACCUACUCCUCCCACGGACUAUUUCCUCUGAAAAAGAAAAGCAGGACACCAAACCGACGAACGGGGAAAAAAGUAAACAGGCUUUCUUCAACAAAAGCUGUCAGAAAACGUUACCAGAGGCGGACGAGAAAAAAAAGCUUGACAGUGUUACAAACUAUUUAUCAGUUGAAUUUGAGUAUGAGUAUAAUUUGAAAAUCAAGGUUUCGCAAAUGGGGAAAAAAAACCUGACUUUGUAUGAACUUAAGAUUGCUGCAGCUUGACAACGUUUUUUGUUUUGGUUAGACCUCUGAGACGUUCUAAAGCGCAGAACGCAGCGUUUUUUUUUUUUCUUUUGUUCUCUUUCAAAUUAAAUCAUGCUCAAAGCAGAAAUCUAGGAAAGGCAAAUAAGAACUUUGGAUGGUAAUUACAGUAUAGACAACUGACAUUCUCCUCAGAUACCGAGCUGAGAGUCUGACUUAAUGAGUUUUCUUGUGUGCCCGAUCUCUGAACUGACUGAACAAGGUCAAAUCGCUGCUAUUUAACCAACCCUGGGUCGGAAAUGUCUCCUUUACUCUGCCUAGACAAAAGACAAAUAGCAGUAAACAUAUAAUAUGGAGCACCCUUCAUUAAUAUUGGCACCUGUAUUCAAUAAGAGAAAAGAAAGUUGUCAUCUAUAUAUACAGUACCGUAAUUUGCAGACUAUUAAGCGCACCCAAAUAUAUGCCGCACCCACUGAAUUUUACAAAGAUUUUUAUUUUGAACAUAAA